CUGAUUUCUUCAGUCUGCUGUUGUGCUUGAACUAUGAAGUUAUGCGAGUUAUUAUGUUUACAUGACUAACAGACCGGCGACUAUAAAUUUAAAUUAGGAAGUAAGCGUAAUGUCAAAUGUUUACUGAGUGUGUAAGAUGGAGCACUUGGAUUUAGCAAUAAGCACAGACCAGGAAUCUGUCUAUUCCAGUAAUGAUGAAGCUGGGAACCCUAUUAUGUCUGAAAGAGUGUCCUCAUUGGCAGCUGCUAUUUAUGGCGAAUUCGAAAAUUUAAUUCAGAACUAUGGCCAGGGAAUACUUGACACUCUAAUGCCAAUGGUUGUCAACGUUUUGGAACAACUAGACACCACUUACAAUGAAAUGAGAGAGCAGACUCUGGAGCUGGAGAUGCUGUCCGAAGACAACGAACAACUGAUAAAUCAAUACGAACGAGAAAAACAACUUAGAAAGCUAGCCGAAUCUAAAUAUCUUGAAUAUGAAGAUGCCCAGGAUCAAGAAAAGGGAAACCUUCAAGCAAGCAUAGAAUCAUUGGAAUUUACAAAUAAGCAACAUGAAAGUAGGAUAAAAUCACUUCUUGAUCAAAUUGAAAGAACAGAAGAAAGAUUUGCUGAGAGCAAAAGAGAGUACUCUUCACUUCAUACAAGGCACACGGAGAUGAUCCACAUGUAUAUGGAAAGAAUGGAGCACUACAGGAGAAUGACUGCUGGUCUUCAAGAUGCUUCUCCAUUCGUCAGGAAACAGUUACCAGAAGAUGAGGUAGAAAGCAAGCUCAGAGCUCCUCCUACUUUUUCGGCAGAAAUAAACGAAAAGACUGGUAAAAAAAUAAUUGAUACUGAUCAAUAUCAAUUGUCAACUGAAAAGCACGAGAAGGGCAAUGAGCUGUCUUUUGAAUAUGAGAACAAAACCGGCCUAGAGAAGCAAGAUUUUGCUACCAAGUCGAGUAGCUCUAGACGUCUGGAAAUGGCACAGGAAUCUGCUUCCACUGCUUCAAAACAGUCGGAUACAUCUGAAACUAUAGAACAUAUCGAAGUUUCUGAUUCUAACCAUGGAGAGGAAAAUAUUAUUGAAAAUACUCCAGAUAAAGCGGCCGUUGUGGAAUCUGUUUCUGGUAUCAGUUUUACAGAAGAAACUUUGCUUGAUCGUAGUGAACAUGUAGAGCAGCAACCAGUCUUAGGAGAAAGCUCUGACAAUUUCCGCAGCUCCACUGUAGCUUAUACUGAAACACCCGAGAAUUUGUCAUCUAUUGAUGACGUGUUGGCAUCGCAGCUUUCAUUGGAUAGCUCAAGACUGGGAACCUUACAAGAUCAAAGAAGAUUAAAUGUUCCUGCAGCACAACGGACGGCCGAACUGGAUAGCUCGGUUAAUGAUGUUUCCCUUUUUACGGAGCUUUCAAAGGAAGAGCCAAGUAUUCUAGGUGAUAUGUCAAGGGAUUUCUUAUCACCAAUGGAUACAGGUCUCGAGAGCUUGAUUAAGGAGAAUGAAGAGCUUUUAGAUUCAAAAACAAAACUGCAAACUCAAAAGAAUGAUUUGCUGCAAAAGGUUGAAGAAAUAUCAAGGGAAAAAGAGAUUUUGGAAGAUCACGUAUCAGACCUGGCCGCUUCAAAGUCAAAAGUGAAAAAAAGAUGCAUAGAACUGGAACAGGAAUUAAAAAAAUUGAAACACGAAUUGGAUAAAGCCUCAUUUUCUGUAACAGCUAGGAAUGGAGAGGACCGGGUAUCUUCUGCUAAUAGGAAGAGAUUUACUCGAGUUGAAAUGGCGAGGGUUUUGAUGGAAAGAAAUCAAUACAAAGAGCGUCUGAUGGAGCUGCAGGAGGCUGUCAGGUGGACAGAAAUGAUUAGAGCUUCAAAAGAAAACCAUCUUGCCGCUUUGCAGCAGAAAAAAAGGUCUUCAGUUUGGAAAUUCUUUAAUAACCUCUUUGCUGGUUCUACUGGUGGACCCCCAACUCCGCAGACACGAGGUGAUAGCAGCCAAAUAAAUGUAUGGAGUACACAAGGUCAAAGUCCGCUGUCCCAACAUCGGCGAAGUAUCUCAGUGUUGGGAGUAGGUUCCCCUUACGUUGAAUGCAUAACAGAAAAGCAAAGAAAAGAAAGAAAAGAGCGCUACAAACACGUGAAAGAGCAUAUCAACACCGAGGGUCGCAAGCAAGCUUACGGUUGGAGCCUGCCAGCUAACUUCUCAAAAGAUCAGGAGAUUGUUACGGUUCCCAUUCCUGUCUACUGUAGACCGCUCAAUACAGACCCAGCUAUGAAAAUAUGGUGUUGUGCUGGAAUAUCUACAUAUGGUGGAAGAAAAAGUGACGGCUCCUUUGUUGGUCUCAAGGCUGAUGUUCAAGAGCCUUCCCCAUCUACUGUAUGGAUUGGAACAAGUACACAUUCGUGCAGUAAGGUGACCAUCCUAGAUGCUAAUACACCCUCCAAUGCCAUUGAUCAGUUUAUCGUCUGCUCCUCGCAUUUGCUAUGCAUGGCCGCAGUCCCUGGUGUUUCUAAUACGGAUCUUGGCUUUGAAGAAAACCACUCAGAUAAACCUCACCGAAAGUAUUCCGAAAAUAUCCAAGGCUCACGUCCACCUAUCGGGGCCAGAAGUUAUAGCUAUGGUUCCGGGACAGAAAUGCGUUCGUCACUGCCAAGGCGAAAAGCUGGCAGUCAAGAUGUCAACUUUGUAGGCACAUCAGAUGGCAAUGAAGCAACUGGCAUUUUAACUGGUGUUCAAGCUGAAGAAGAGAUCUUUCCGGAAGAGGAUAGCAUAGAUGAAGGAGUUUCAAAAGUCACGAGUGCGUUGCCCACCAUGUGGCUGGGCGCCCAGUCUGGAAAGAUUUACGUCCAUUCAUCGAUUGUGAACUGGAAAAAGUGCUUGCAGUCUGGAAAACUUAGAGACUCUGUUCUGAGCAUUGUUGAGGUUCGCGGACGUGUAAUGGUAGCUCUUGCAGAUGGAACUGUUGCGAUAUUUCAUAGAAAGCCAGAUGGAAGAUGGGACUUAAGCAAUUAUCACUUGCUGGACCUUGGGAGGCCGCAUCAUUCGAUUCGCUGCAUGACAGUCGUGCAUGAAACUGUAUGGUGUGGAUACCGCAAUAAAGUGCAGAUUAUCAACCCUAAAACCAUGUCAAUUGAACAAAGCUUUGAUGCUCAUCCACGCCGUGAAAGUCAAGUGAGACAGCUAGCCUGCGUAGGGGAUGGUGUAUGGGUGUCCAUCAGACUAGAUAGCACGCUCAGGCUGUAUAAUGCAAGGACUUACCACCAUUUACAAGAUGUCGACAUUGAGCCAUACGUGAGCAAAAUGCUCGGGACUGGCAGUGGCUAUUCGUAUGUACGUAUCACGGCCCUCUUACUGAGCAGGGACCGACUGUGGGUUGGUACUGGCAACGGGGUCAUUCUUUCCAUUCCUCUUGUGGCAGCAAGAGGCGCCUCCGCAGGAAGUAGCUCCAAUGAAGGCAGCACUUCGCAGGCUGUUUCGCCGUCAAAGAAUGUUAUGGGAUUUAUGCCCUACUGCUCAAUGAUUCACGCUCAGCUAUCGUUUCAUGGUCAUCGAGAUUCUGUUAAGUUUUUUGUUUCCGUAAAUUGUGCUAAAAAUGGUAUUGCCGGUGACAAAGCACAUGUGUUGAGCAAAUCGACAAACUCAAGCUCGACUGGAAAAUCAUCAACAGAUGGAGUUGAAAAGUCUGUGGUUGAAAAGUCUGUCAAGCCAACGCUAAUCAUUAGUGGAGGAGAAGGAUACAUAGAUUUUAGAGUUGGCGAUGACGAUUCAGAUGAGACAAAGUUCCCCGAAGAAGGCCUUCAACUCGCUUCAAAAACAGCUGCUGCUGAACGAAGCCAUUUGCUGGUUUGGCAGAUCAAUUCGUAGAUAUUUUUGGAUCAUAUUGGCCCAUUCUAUUAUUUAAUGAAUUAUUGUUCCAAUAUGAUUAUAGAAAACUAUGCUAGCGUUUUUCUUAGGUCGCGCAAUACCACGCUUGUUAACAAAAUUCUUAAUUUGGGGCUUUGCAUGGAUUCAGCAACUGACAAAUAUCGUUAAAUUCAAAGAUACAUACACAACGGGGGCUGGCAAUACUAGAAGACCCUAGGGCCUGUAGCUCGUACUUGGAAAAAGCUUCUAAUUGCCAUUCCCGACGCACUGCUUCAGAAAACUGUCUGCCUGCCUCUUAUUUUUGUCCAACGAUUCUAUCACGAUUAAGGCAAUCCCAUGCCUAUCUUGUAAAAAUUCGUUAUUCGUGUUUUAUUGCUUUAUAGAUAGAUAAGUAGAAAUAUUUUUAAAAUUGGAACCGUAAUUGAAUUUUUCCAAAUUUCCUAUAUUCUAUCUCAAUUUCAACUUCAACAACACUAAUCACUUGAGAAUGAAAAUGCACUAAGUCCUUUGAAGUUCUGAUGUUGCCAUUUAGAGCGCCGUCCUGUUCGAAGUGUAAACCAGUGUUGUGUGAGGCUUGGUCGAUUCCAAACUGAAGGUUGUAAUUAAAAUUCAAUCUAUGAGGUUUCCGUUAACAUUAAAACAGAUGUUGUUGAAUGUUUGUGAUAGUCUUCCACGUUAUGCGGCCCCCUUAAAUUAGACAAGAUCUUUAAAGAAAUAUUUUGAUUAGUAUGUCUUAAAAGUGAUAAAUCUAGAAAAUAUAACAGCACUUUCCAACGAAUUAUUGUCAUUUCUAUCAACUGUGUUUGGCCUACCUAGUACUGAGAUAACAUUUUUAAGCAGAUUGAAACGAAGUUUUGAUGCAUAAUGAAAUAGGUACAUUUUAAGUUUGUUGCACUGUUUACCGCUAGGCAGGACCAAGAGCAUCUCAGACUCAGCGUGUCAGGUUGUAAGGGUACGAAGUGACCCUUAGAACCUGAGGAACUUAGAACUUCAUGAAGUGACCCUCAUGAAGUGGCACGAGAACUGGAACAACCUUAUAGACAGGUUUCAUACCAGCUAAAUCGGUAUAAUUUCCAGUCAAAGUUGUGAGAGCGUUUUAGGCUUACUAACAUUGUAGAAUCAAAUUAUACUUGGGUACUGUUGCUUUUCUCCUUAUUUUCAAAAUGGCGGUUCAAUUGCAAAAUGGCGGAUUUUUAAGAAAAAUGUGAGUAUGAAAGUCUUGAAAUUUGCUUUUUACAAAUGCAGGCUUUUGAAUUCUUUCAAGUACGUAUCUGCUUACUUUUUGUAAAACUUACUGUUUAGAUAAUGGGCAAAACUUGAUGAUCGGGAAAUUCAAUCUUUAUUCAACUACGUUUCGGUGUCUCCCUCGUUGCAAAUUUUGGGUCGUUUGUGGAACACCAAGAAGUUUCAACUAUUCCACUCCGGUUGAAAGUACCAACCUAAAUUUUCUUGGCGGUUAGAGCUAUGAGGUUUUUAGUAGCAAUAAAAAAUAUGACAGAGCGACUUAGGCGAUUCAAAUUCGUCAUCUUGAUAGUUCUCUAACGAAAACUCAUUAACCUGAUAUUUGCUUUAAAAAAAAUUCCCUUUUUGAAACAAGGCAAAUAAGCCAAAAAUACGCAAGAAUGAAAGGAUCGCAUGGUUCCAAUAUCCGACUUUGACCGCUUUCAAGUAUUGACAUAGAUUGAUAAAUUUCUAUACAAUAUAACAGGACGAAAUCAAUCCUUACUUUUGCCAAAUUUAUAAGGGUGAAGUGCGGAGCAAGUUCUUUUUUGCCACUUUUUAAAAUUGCCACCAAAACACAAUUUCCCUUGCUGCACACUGGUAAGUCAGACAACUAGCGCCCUCAGAUUUCGAAUAAACCAGAAAAUCGAUGGAAACCAUCAAAUAGCUUUCAACCUGUGGAUAUUCACUUAAGAAGCAAGGUUGCAAUGGUAAAAAUUAUUACAAAGAGUACAUCUUCUAGCGAACUGGAAGAAUCAUGAUUGGCAAAUUAUCUUUCUUUCUCGCUAGAGAAGUACCGUAAAUCCUCGAAUUAGCACCCUGGGGGCUCAUUUAUUUGGAUAUUUAUGGAUGGGGGCUUAUUCGAGGGGCGGGGAUGGCUUAUAAAAUUUUUGUAGACAUUAAGAAGACAUUAUUAAAAUAUCUUGUUUAUUUUAGUAGGAAUUUCUUUAUGAGCAUUAGUACCAAAAGUAUGAAUUUGUUGUGGCAAUUCAAUAAAACGCCAUAGGCAACCUCAGAUGGGAAAAAACACCAAAUAGAGGGGGGGGGGGGCUUUUUUGAGGGGGGCCAAUUCAAGGAUUUACGGUAGCUACAUAUUGUGCUUGUCCAGAUAUACAGAUCUAUAAGAUUGAAGGUCUGCUAUCAUUAUGUAAACCGGUGUUGUAAAUUACAUGGAACAGAUGCAGGAUUGACAAAAUAUAUUGCGGAGGUUUCUGUCAGCAACUAAAGAAUUGCAGGUAAGUUUUUUAUCAGGCAAAUUUAUACUCCACAGCCAGGUCGGCCAUGACAUGAUCCUGCUUGAACAAAGCGGCUCAAUGAAAGAAUGCUACCAAAUGCGAAAACAUGGUUGACCUCUGGCAUGCUAAAGCCCCGACGAUUGACCCAUUUUACAGAACUGGAGCCAAAAACAACUGACCCCAUUUCGAGGAUAACAGAUAAAGAUAUAUUUGCUUUAUUUGACCAUUGACCGUUUACACUUUGUGUUAUGCAACUUUUCGCAGGUAAUCUCCAGGUAAAAAUAUGUAAUACUACCAUUAAUAUCAUUUUAUGUCAAAAAUAAUCACACGACAGAAUUCAUGCACAUUUAAAAUUUUCAUAAACUGAGAAGACAAGAUAGACCUGGACCAUGAAACAAUCAUACGAGGUUAGCUUUCAUAAUGGCCUCUUAUCUUUUCCAAUAAUGCAUCACAAGUCGAUUUGGCAUCACCAAGCAACAUGGAUGUGUUUUCUUUAUAAAAUAUUGGGUUGUCCACAUCAGCAUAUCCAGUUCCCAGGGUUCUCUUCAUCACAAUAACCUACGACAUACCACAAGAAAGUCUAUUAAAGCAUCAGUCAACACUUACAUGGACUUUUAACCGAAGCAAUGGCUUGGGUACAGACGUUAUGGCUAGAUUUAAAGACAAAUCGAGCCUGUUCUGAAAUAGACAAGUGGAAUAUAAAUAUUGUAAUAUUAUAAGUGUGCUCGAAUCCUUGUCUAAAGGAUUCGAUCAAAGUUUCGAAACGGAACGGACAUUUGGAACUAACUAGAUUUCUUUCACAGACACCAGUGUUACACGGACCGUGACAUCUUUUCAGCAAACUGGGUCACAUUAUAGAUGCGGCUGAUAUUCAAACGAUUCAAGUAUCCAGAUGCAGGCCAAUACUAAACGGUACUAACUGGGUUGAUAGCAACGCUCUAGUUACCUCUUACUUCACUAUGUACAAAUACAGAAUAACGCAUCAUGCAAGUAAAUAGUUUAUUAUAACGGAUUUAUUACCUGCUUUGACUUCCAUACUUCAAGCACUGGCAUUCCAGCUAUGAUCGAAUUAGGAUCCUCCUGUGCAGCUGAGUUCACAGUAUCAUUAGCGCCAAUGACCAAAGUUAAAUCAGUUUCCGGAAAGUCAUCAUUAAUUUCAUCCAUUUCAAGGACAACAUCGUAUGGAAUACCAGCCUCAGCU